AGAUCAUAAAUUCAAUUAAAUUCAUUAUUUUUUUGGCCCCCUCCUCAUGUUUGAAUAGUUAUUUUCCAUUUGUUUUCCUGGUUAUGCUAGAGAUAUUAGUAGCUGCUGAGAAUUUCAGCUUGAGAUUCAUGUAUUUUUUUGUCCUGCGUUUAGUGGGAUAUAUGGAUUAACUUGAUUACCUGGAGAACACACACUUUGGAAAAUAAACACUUUUAAAUUUGUUGCUUUUGGUUUGGGUUGAUCAGAUGCUAAUUGCUAGCACCAAGCUAAUAGAGCUUCAGGAAAGAUGUGAAGGAAGAGAACAAAAGAAUCUAAGUGCUUGUUGCUCUCUGAAGCAGUUAUUAAUCUCCAAAUGUUGCCCUUUUUUUCAGAUGUUUUUGGAACUCCUUAUAUCUUUGCUUAUAGGAACUCUUAGUUAUUGGGUAACCACUUUCAAUUAACUAUUCUCUUAACAGUAUACUAUCCUCUCAAAUUCCAUCUUACAAUAAUCAUCCCUUGAUAUCUCCUAAUUCCUAAACACUUAAGUGUUAAUCCUUGGCUGUUGUUGGGAUGUCUUUCUUCUCUUGGUUUCCAGGACAAGGCCUCGCUUUGCACCUUCUUCCUUGGCAACGCACUCAUAAAGUUUUUUUUUUUUUUUUUUAAGUUGCAGCUACUGCAAACAGCAAAGGAGUUUGCUUUUAUUUUUGUAGUUGCUAUUUGUUCUUUCUAUACUUUUUAUGGCAUGAUUUUAAUCCUCACAGUAGAGCCUAUCAAUUGAACUCCCCUACCCCUCUUUUCCCAUCCUUUCUAUAGAAUGGGCAAAAGAUACAUCGGAUUGUUGAAACAUCUCAGAGUUACAAAAAUAGUCACGAUUUGGUAAUAUAUAUGACAGACAUCCCUGAAAAGUAGCAGAAUUGAUACAAAACAUAGUCCAGGUCACAGUAGCAGAUUGAUCACAUACUUGAUCAACAGCUGCAAUAAACAUAAGCUCUGAAAUCUGGGCAGCAGUUUUCCUACAGAAGUGCACACCUUGAUCACUGGAACAGGGAAAGCUCUUAGAUUUCUGGAUAUGUUAUAAUUGUGGGACUUUUAUUCCUUGGACUCAGCAUUCUUUCAGAUGUGAGUGGAGGAUUUCUGUUUUGGAUAAAUAUUUGAACUAAUGGCUCCAAUUCGCUCCACCGGAUUUGUUGAUCCUGGUUGGGAUCAUGGCGUUGCUCAAGACGAGCGGAAGAAGAAGGUUAGAUGUAAUUACUGUGGAAAAAUAGUUAGUGGUGGCAUAUACAGAUUAAAGCAGCAUCUAGCACGAGUUUCUGGGGAAGUAACAUAUUGUGAAAAGGCUCCAGAAGAAGUCUACCAAAAAAUGAAGGAAAACCUUGAAGGAUGCCGUUCCAAUAAGAAACAAAAGCAAGUUGAAGCACAAGCAUAUCUGAAGUUCCAUUCUAAUGAUGAGGAAGAUGAGGAAGAGCGAGUUGGGUAUAGAAGCAAAGGGAAGCAGUUGAUGGUUGAUAGAAAUGUUUCUGUAAAUUUAACUCCUCUUAGAUCAUUGGGAUAUGUUGACCCAGGUUGGGAGCAUGGCACUGCUCAGGAUGAGAGAAAGAAGAAAGUCAAGUGCAAUUACUGUGAAAAAGUUGUUAGUGGAGGUAUAAAUCGGUUUAAACAGCAUCUGGCAAGGAUUCCUGGAGAGGUAGCACCUUGUAAACAUGCUCCUGAGGAAGUUUAUCUUAAGAUGAAAGAGAAUAUGAAAUGGCAUCGCACUGGAAGGAGACAUCGACGACCUGAGGCCAAGGACUUUCCAGUUUUCUAUUCAAAGUCAGAUAAUGAAGAGGAAGAAGAUGAGCAAGGUGAUGAUGCACUGCAUCAUUUGAACAAGGAAACUCUGUUAGAUGUUGACAAGAGAUUAUCUAAGGAUUUAAGAAAGAACUUUAAGGGUUUGUCGCCUAGCAGUGGUCCUGAGCCAGUAUUAAGAAGAUCAAGAUUGGAUUCUGUUUAUCUGAAAUUGCCAAAGAACCAGACACCUCAAACUUACAAACCACUAAAAGUUAAGACAGGCCCCACUAAAAAAUCACGCAAGGAAGUUAUUUCAACAAUUUGCAAGUUCUUUUAUCAUGCAGGGGUUCCUUUACAGGCUGCAAACUCCAUAUACUUUCACAAGAUGCUGGAAGUAGUUGGUCAAUAUGGACAAGGACUGGUAUGCCCUCCAAGCCAACUAAUUUCUGGUCGGUUUCUUCAGGAGGAAAUCAACACAAUUAAGAAUUACCUAGUUGAUUAUAAGGCUUCUUGGGCAUUUACUGGUUGUUCUAUAAUGGCAGAUAGUUGGAGAGAUACCCAGGGUAGGACUUUAAUUAACUUUCUGGUUUCUUGUCCUCAUGGUGUUUAUUUUGUUUCUUCAGUUGAUGCCACUAAUGUUGUAGAAGAUGCAUCAAAUUUAUUUAAGCUUCUAGAUGAAGUGGUGGAAGAGAUAGGCGAGGAAAGUGUAGUGCAGGUAAUUACUGAAAAUACUCCCAGCUAUAAAGCUGCUGGGAAAAUGCUUGAAGAGAGGAGAAGGAACUUAUUCUGGACCCCAUGUGCUGCCUACUGUAUUGAUAGGAUGCUUGAAGAUUUUGUGAAGAUAAAAUGUGUUGGAGAGUGCAUGGAAAAGGGCCAAAAAAUUACAAGGCUCAUAUACAAUCAAAUAUGGUUGUUAAAUCUUAUGAAGAGUGAAUUUACUCAGGGACAGGAGCUUCUAAAGCCAGCUGGCACCCGCUGUGCCUCUAGCUUUUCUACAUUACAAAGCUUGCUGGAUCAUCGAGUUGGUCUUAGAAGAAUGUUUACAUCAAACAAAUGGCUUUCAUCUAGGUUCUCAGGCACGAUUGAAGGGAAGGAGGUGGAAAAAAUUAUUUUGAAUGUUACAUUCUGGAAGAAAAUGCAGUAUGUCAGGAAGUCAGUAGACCCAAUAAUGCAAGUACUUCAAAAGCUUUUCAGUGGCGAAUGCUUGUCAAUGCCAUAUAUAUACAAUGACAUGUGCAGGGCGAAACUUGCAAUCAAAGCCAUUCACAGUGAUGAUGCUCAUAAAUAUGAACCAUUCUGGAAGGUGAUAGACAAUCACUGGAACUCUCUUUUCUAUCACCCUCUUUAUUUGGCUGCCUACUUCUUAAAUCCAUCAUACCGGUAUCGUCCGGAUUUUGUGGCGCAUUCUGAGGUGGUACGUGGACUCAAUGAAUGCAUCGUGCGGCUGGAGCCAGAUAACAUGAGACGGAUUUCAGCAUCAAUGCAGAUUUCUGAUUAUAAUUCUGCGAAGGCUGAUCUUGGAACUGAACUGGCAAUCAGCACUAGAACAGAGCUUGAACCAGCUGCUUGGUGGCAACAACAUGGAAUAAGUUGCUUAGAACUGCAAAGAAUAGCUGUGCGCAUAUUAAGUCAGACAAGCUCAUCCUUUGGGUGUGAGCAUGAUUGGAGUAUAUAUGAUCAGAUACACAGUAAAAGGCAGAAUCGUUUAUCCCAGAAGAAACUGAAUGAUCUCAUCUAUGUUCACUACAACUUGCGACUUAGAGAAUGCCAGUUAAGAAAAAGGUCCAAGGACUCGAGCUCUGUCUCUGUUGACACUGUCCUGCAAGAGACUUUGCUUGAGGAUUGGAUAUAUGAUGCAAACCUACAAAGCGCUGGUGGUGAAAAGGUUAUCAGUUUUGGAGUCGAACAAGAUGAUGAAUGCGAAAACGAUUCGAUUGAUUAUGAAGAUGGAGGUGCAAGGCCUGUGAAGGAGUCUCUUGAGCUGGUUGCUAUGGUUGACGUAGGAUCAUUGGAUGGAGAUCAUGCUAACAUGGAUGCCGCCACUGACGAUGAAUCUGAUCUGAAAUAUUUUGGUGAUGAUCUGAGUGAGUAAUAAUCAGGUUUCAUGUAUCAUUGUUUACUAGUAGUAACUACUAAUAUUCUGCGAAGAAAAAUAUGAAAAACUUUCUCCUCACAAGCCAUGUAUUGGAUAUCUAUUUUUAUCUAUUGAAAGCAAUAUCAGUUGAGAUGGAA